UGUGUGUGUGUGUGUGUGUGUGUGUGUGUGUGUGUGUGUGUGUGUGUUUGUGACAGAGAGUGUGUGUGACACAGUCCUGCUUAGCUCCUCUCCUAAUCUUCCCUUAGCAAUAACUCUUUGCUCAACACCAUCAUCUACAGGCCGAUGGGUGUACAGUCACUAAAUAUACACAUCCAUUUGUUUAUUUUAUGGCCCCCCAUGAAUGAAAUUUCAUGAAACUUGGCAUACCCCAGAGGAUGUCAGGUUAAUCGUACACAUGACAUUUGGUGCAGUUCAGGACAUCUCAACUGAAGAAAGGGGCAAUUAAAGCAGUAUAAUGUUGCUUUUUCAUUUUUAGGGGUCCUUGGGCUGAAAAAGGUUGAAGCAAGAGUCUUCAACCUUUUUCAUAAUUCAACCAUUUUUUAUAAUUCAUGAUUAAGGGCCUCCUACCUCCUAGGUACUCAGUAGUUUGCAUGACCUCACAUGUUCAUCUCCUAAAGAGCCGUCGGGGCAUGUGACGUCAGAUGGUGUCCUGGGGGAACUGCUCCCAUCACCGAGCUCCUCCAGUCUGUGGUGCUGGCGGUGUUGGAUGGACCAAAACAUAAUGUCCCAGAGGUGUUCUACUGGACUUAAGUAAGGGGAGUGUGGGGGACAGUCAAUGGUAUCAAUUCCUUCAUCCUCCAGGAACUGCCUGCACACUCUCGCCACAUGUGGCCGGCCAUUGUUGUGCACCACGGGGAACCCAGGGCCCACUGCACGAGUACAGGGUCAGACAAUGGGUCUGAAGAUUUCAUUCCGAUACCUAAGAGCAGUGAGGGUGCUGUUGUCUUGCCCAUAGAGGUCUGUGUGUCCCUUCAAGGAUAUGCCUCCCCAGACCAUCACUGACCCACCACCAAACCGGCUGGCAACAGCUGGACAUAUGGCAGCCACUGUGAGGCCCUGGUGGAAAGCUGUAUGACAGGAAAGGUGACUUUUUCUCACUUUGGGGACACAUGUAGUGGUGAGGCGCACAUAUAUUUAUGCACACACACACAUGCAUAAAAACACACACUGCAGGUUACGUCUGUUGAAUGGAUGUCUUUGGAUGAAUGUGUGUGUGUGUGUCUUUAUGUGUAGCGGACAAUGUGUUCAGCACCUCUCUGAAGACGAAUAAACAAGUGAUUAAGGUGACGCUGCCUAGCAUCUCCAAGAACGUGUUGGUGUGCGGCAAAGACUGGGACAUGGCUGCGGCCAAUGUAAUGUGCCGUCAAAAGACUGGCAGAGGUGGAAUUAUGUCAUUCUCAGAGGUUCAGAGCGAGGACACUAGUCUGCCUGAUGUGUGUGUGAGGGUACAGUGCACAGGGCACGAGUACUCACUGGCCGAGUGUAACAUCUAUGGUGAUAUGAAACCGCUCACUUCCCAACACAGUGUCGCAACGGUCCACUGUGCAACAGAAGAUGCAGAUAGUACUUGUGAGUUCAAGUGUGCCAAUGGAAGGUGUGUGAAGCUGGACAAUACAUGUGACGGAAUCAAUCACUGCGGAGACAGCAGCGAUGAGAUGUGCUGCAAAGCUUGUCGACGCUAUGGUUCACAUUGCCAGUCCAAUGUUUGUAUCCCUCCUCAUGCUGUUGGCGACGGAAUCAGGGACUGUCUUGGGGGGGAUGACGAGCUCAACACAAUCAAUCCGCCGACAGAACCAGUCAUCUCUGCACCUAAGGAAGAUAUCAAGGGACUUUGUGAUUCUCUGGAGGUGUUGGAGUGUGGCGUCCCAAAUCCUUCUGCUACCAUCGACUUCCACGGGAGGACAAGGAGGAAGAGGAUAGUGGGAGGAGCUCCAACAGAGCCAACGCAGAUUCCGUGGCAGGUGGCUAUUCUGGAGAGAGGACAGAUCGAGUGUGGAGGCGUGUACCUGGGGGGCUGCUGGGUGUUGACCGCUGCCCACUGUGUUAGGCGUGAGCCGGAGGCGUACCAGCUGAAGUUCUCCCUGUGGCACCGGCGGCGGCUGCAGCCGACCAGUGACGUUGCAGUGUUGGAGCAGGUGCUUGUCCACCCCGGCUAUGACGCCUCCACCCACAGCAACGACAUCGCUCUGCUCCAGCUGAAGAGCCCCAGGUUCAGCUCUGAAUGUGCGCCCUCCAGGAACCCUGCCAUCCGGCCCGUGUGCGUGACUUGGUCCAGCCAACAGUUCCAUCCUGGUCACGCCUGCAGCAUCUCUGGAUGGGGCCACACUACAUAUGGCAGACUUCCGGAUGUGUUGCACUGGGCGAAUGUGACGCUGCUGGACAACUGCAAGUCCGACCACAGAGAGAGCUACCAAGAGGGAGAGAUGUGUGCAGGUGAUGUGGAGGGCAGCGUGGACUCCUGCCAGGGGGACUCCGGGGGCCCUCUGGUGUGUCAGGACCCCAGUGGCGCGUCGUACGUAUGGGGCAUGAUCGUCCACCGUGAGCGCUGCGGGCAGAGCGGCCUGCCAGGACGGUACACCCUGGUGGCGCACUACUACGAGUGGAUACGGGCCACUACGGGAACACCAUCGCCAAAUACAACCUUUGAGCCAGGGGCGCUGCCACUGACACAACACACUGGAGAGCAGCCGAUGUGUGUGUGUGAUUGUGUGUGUGCUUGUGUAUUUUGUCAUUGUUACCUACAGCCUACAACGGCGCAGUGAUGAGAAUGAAAAAGGCGGACGUGCUAUUCCCCUCGCAAAAAAACAUGUGGAAGUAAGCACUUACGACAUUCAAUAAUUAUUGCGCAAACUUGGAGGCCGCUCAUGCCGGACUCUUUGGAGCCUCUCCUCUCAUUAUGGUGGUAGUAAAGUACUGAUCAUGUGUGUUUUUGCUUAGUACGCUACUGAUAUCAUUCAUAUCAAUCAUUGAUAUAAAUUAAAAUAGAAAUACAAUUGA